AUGGCGACUGCCGAAGGAGUUGAAGUGUUCGAAGAUACAAUUGAUCAGGUUUCUUCAGACUUGCAUGGUAGGAUUUUGUUGAAACGUGAACAGAAAAAAGCCCUCAUUGAUCUGUUGCUAAAAAAGGAUGUUUUAGCAGUGCUUCCGACUGGAUUCGGGAAAAGUUUGAUUUAUCAAUACUUUGUUCUAGCCAAGGCAAAACAGAGAGUACAUCAAGGGAGUGUGUGUGCUUCUGCCCUCAUUAUUUGCCCGCUCUUAAGUAUCGUCGAUGACCAAAUAAAGGAAGCAAAAUAUCUCGGUAUCACUGCCUGUCGAUUAAAGGACUUUCUAGAAGAAGAAACUUCAACGUUACGUCCAAAACAACUUAUGUUUGCCAGUGCGGAAGACGUAUUGUCGCCCACAUUUCGGAACCUUCUUAAGGAUAAUCCCAUUGUGAAUGAAAGUAUUGAGUUGCUGGUUAUCGACGAGUCGCAUACCGUCGAAACUUGGACUUCUACGAGGUAUAUCAUUUUGAUAUAAAAAUCAUUUGAAUAUUUAUAUAAUGUAAUCAUAUCUUGUUUUGUGGAACACGAACACCACAAAAUAUUUAUUCUCCAUGGUGCAUUUUGUUCGGUUUUGCAGAGAAUUAUCUAAGAUUUUGUGGGUAACUAAAUAACCCCCUCCAUCAAAUAAACCCUCCUCUGUAAUAAGCCCCCCCCCCCUUCCAUAGGACCUGAAAUGAUUAAGCAUAAGUCCCCUGGGGGACUUAAUAGAGAGUUUGAAAAGUAAUAUGUCACUCUAGAUUUCUAUACAAUGUUGUUUCAGGGUCACUUAAUAAAUUAUCCUUUCUAAAUGUUAGCAAUAAUCUAUUUAUAGAGACAAAUCGAGAAGAAAAAAGAAGAAGAAAGGUUCUGUAAAACCAUUUCGUGAAGCUUUUGGAGAACUUUCUGUACUUAGAUCAUUGUGCAAAGAAGGUAAGGGAGUGGUCAUUAUUUAUGGGGAGGGAGGGGGGGUUGGGAAAUGGGAGGGGGGGGGCAAACGAAGUUUUACCCUUAUAAAUAGGAGGGUCAAAAAAGUUUUAACACAGAUAAAGGGGGGGUCAUAAAAGUUUUUGAUUUCUAUAAUCACAAAUAGCAAAAAAGAAACUCUGAAAAUGCUAUUUCCAACGAUCUAGAGACUCAAAAUUUUCAAAAUUUCCCUGCUCGGCGCCACUCCAUGGUGGCACCUCGCGACCGUUGAGCCCACUAAGUUUAACAAGCUUUCUACCCCCUGAGUGACCCAGUUGUGGUAUUUACAUAAACAUACCAUGCAAGUACAUUUAACUGAUCAGAUUCGGUCUAUCAACACACAAUGUAACGCUGUAUAUCCAAAAAUCUGUUUCAGAAAAUGCUCACAUUUCAGUUCUAGGGGUGGAAAAAUACAAAAAAUUUUCUGGGGGAGAAUACCCCCAGACCCCCCUACUAGUACAUACGAUACCACAUCUGUCAUCUCUCCACACUCAAUAUAGUAUGGUCCCUUUUUGUAGAUGCCCACCCCCCCAGACAAGUUCUUAAAAAAACCCUGUGUUCAAAUCAUUUCGCUGUAUGAAGACGGGUCAUGGGUUAGGGUUAUGGUAGGACAAAUGUUGCAUUGCAAAGUAGUAACACAUAAUAUAUAUUUUUUAAUCAUAUAUGGUUGAAUCAUAUUCACCAGGGUAAAACAUCAUGAGCUAGAUUAAACAGAUUGUCCUAAUAUGUAACUUUACCUGCAACGCACACCUGUUUCAUUGCUGUUAAUUUUUCAAUCCACACUGGGGGGGGGGUCAGAAAAGUUUCUACUUUUAUGAGGGGGGAGGCACAAAAAGUUUGCCUUCAGUCUGGAGGGGGGGGGUCAAAAAAGUUUUCAAUCCUUAUUUUCCCCAUUUCCCAACCCCCCCCCUCCCCAUAAAUAAUGACCACUCCCUAAACUAUAAUAAGAUGUACUAUACAAUGAAUGGUAUUCCUGUAAAACAUUUCUCUUUGUUACUAUCAUUAAAACAUGUACUAUUACAGUAUUAUGUUAACUUGCAAAUUCUCCUCUUCUGGGAUAAUAGACAGAGUAAGAUUUAAGGGUACAUUGCCAGUUAAUAGGUUAAUAUAGUAUUACAUAUAUUUGUUUUUUAUUAUUUAUAGCAAUACCCAAAACUUAGUGUGAAUCUCUUUGUGCUGUAUACAUUACUAAGUGGGUAUGCUGAUCAAUUUUGACUUGCCUCAUUGACAUACAGUACAACUGUAUGUACCAUGUAUGUACUUGUAGACAAUAAGAAAUCAAUACAUUGUUUUGUAAAUUAUAUUAAGGAACACCAGUUUUGGCAUUGACUGGCACAGCUGAUAAAGCAACGAUGCAAGCAAUUGUUUCAAGUUUGUCUCUUAAAGAACAGACAGAUAUUCGUGUGAGUCCAAAUCGUCAAAAUAUCCGGAUGUCAGUGUUCAAGUGUUCAAAUAUAAGUAUGCUCUCUCAUCUUAAUUGGUUGAUAGAACUUGUAUGUAAUAACGGUUUGGAUACUCCUAAAACGCUAAUUUUUUGCAAUACUAUGAAUGACGUUGCAACCGUAAGCAAUUACAUUCUUCUCAACCUGGCUGAUAAUGCAUUUCGUCCAACAAACGUUAAGACAGCUGAUAACUGCCUUAUUGGUAUUUACCAUUCCACUACUUGGGAUUCUCAAAAAGACAGAAUUGUAAAAGCGAUGAAGGGUACUGAACAAGUGUCAACUAAGAGAAUUGUUAUUGCCACUACUGCACUCAGUAUGGGAGUGAACUUUCCCGAUAUUCGCUAUGUUAUAAAUUGGGGUCCACCAAGAUCUUUAUUGGAUUACCAUCAAGAAAUUGGAAGAGCUGGAAGGGAUGGUAAGCAGUCCUAUGCCAUCACUUAUUUCUUUGGUCAGCAACUCAGUCACUGUGAGGAUGAUGUGAAGGACUUUGUAAAAUCAACCGCCUGUUAUAGAGUUGCCAGCUUACUGCCAUUUGACAAGCAAGUAGAAUCAUUAACGCCACAGCAUAAUUGUUGUUCAAAUUGCACGAAUCUUUGUUCCUGUGACAUGUGUCAGCAUAGUUCUACAACUGACUUGCCAUUUGAAUCUACUGCAGAUGGUAAUAAUUCAGAUCACCCCCAUGUUGUGCGAAGUGUUUCCUUGGAAGAUAGGCAAGAUGUAAGAGAUUCAUUAAUGGAAUUAUUUUGGACAAUAGUAAAUACAAGUGAUGAGGUUGAGGUAAAAUUUUACACUCAAGUAGUUGAUGAAAUUGUUGAAAGUUGCCAUACAAUUUUUACCGUCAAGGAUAUUAUAACAAAUUAUCCAAUAUUUACAAUGCGACGUGCUCUAAAAAUCCUGGAGAUUUUCAAUGAACUGUUUGGUGAUAUUUCAUUACUUCCUUCAUUUGAAGAAUUGGAAAUCAUCGACGACUUACUCGAUCUCACUCCAUUCUCUGCAGUUGGAUUGGAUAGUAGUAUUAAUUCAUCAUCAUCUGACUCAGAGAUUAAUGACAGUGAUAAUAGCUAA